GAGGACUUUCAAUAACGCAGCCCGCUAUAAAAGACCUCACUCGCAACAGGACAGUAUUCAGUAGCUAUCGAGCAGUCUGACAAAGAAGUGCACGAUGAGAUUUCUGAUCGCUUUUGUUGCCAUCCUCGGCUAUGCUUCGGCUAGCGCCAUCCUCUCCCCGCUCGUGGUGGGACCCAACCCUGGCGACGUCCAGGCCGCGGUUAUAGACGCAAACGUCGCUGCCAGGGACGCCGUUCGCACCAUCGGCGAGGGUCAGGCCAGAGCCGCCGAAGCUGCCAUUCAGUACAACACCGAAGCCGUCCGCCAAGUCGCUGAAGCCAACCGCAACCUCCAAGAGAACGCCUACUGGGGCAGCGUUGCCGCUUCCCAGAACUUAGUCGCCGCUGCUCAAUCUCAGGCCGCCGCUGUUGAUGGUGCCGCUGCUGCUGUCCGUGCUGCCUACGCUGGAGCUCCUCUCGGCUACGCCGGUGGUCUCGCUCUACCUUACGCCGCCGCUCCUUUAGGUUUAGCCGGUUUGGCCUAUGGAGGUCUCCACGGCCUCCGCGCUUGGUAAACCCUGGAUUGCUAGACGAGUGAUGAGAUUCGGGAGUCAUAACAGUGACGUCCGAAUCAUGACCGUUUGUGGCAGAGGUUAUGGCGACAUGAAUUCUGCCACAACAGUUGUUCCACUCAACUAAUAAAUGGAAACAGAUUGCUCAACGGAUUUUUUUUUAAUAAGGUCUCAGUUAGUAACUCUCUUUCUCGUUGUACAUAAGUGAAUCUCAUGCCAUCACUGCCAAAGUGUAAAUAAAUACACAUUUAUACAAACAA